AUGCAUCUCGAGCGCGAUGGAGAGCUGCCGGCCGUCAAGGUUGAAGAUGUUGUCGACAUUGCACGCGCUGCCGGAGACGUGAUCAUGGGCGUUUACUCCACAGAUCCGGAGACGUGGGAGAGCCGCUCCAAGUCCGAUGACACCCCGGUAACGAAAGCUGACGUCAUGGCAGACGAGCUCAUCUGUUCGAGGCUGCGCAGCGCGUACCCCGAUAUCCCGAUAAUAUCGGAGGAGAGCGAAAAACUGCCCUACGAAGAGCGAAGAGACUACGACUAUUGUUGGGUGGUUGAUCCUUUGGAUGGAACGAAGGAGUUCGUCAAGCGCACCGGGGAUUUCGCGGUGAUGAUCGGCCUUUGCUUUCACGGGAAGCCGGUCCUCGGAGUCGUCCACGCGCCGGCACAGGAAACCCCCAAGACCUACUACGCCGCGUCCGGGCAGGGGGCGUUCGUCUUGGAAGGCGGCCGAGAGCUGUGCGGGGAGGGGCUCGGGAAGAGCAAGCGCAUCAGCGCACGGACCUUUGGCGUGCGGGACUCUGGGUUGAGGCUGGCGGUGUCGAGUUCCAGGCCCCCGCGGGAGUUCAUUGCGUCAUGUGGCAGCUCCUUGACAUCAAGCAUCGGUUCCGCCGCUCUCAAGGCGGUCGCAGUGGCGGACGGGACCGUCGACAUGUUCCCCUGCUUGUACUCCACAAGCGAGUGGGACACAUGCUCCCCGCAAGUCCUAGUAGAGGAAGCCGGGGGCGUCGUCCUUCCAUUGGACGGCACGGAAGAAGUCGGGAUGGCCGACGUAGCAGCGCUGCUGCUGCUGUUGCGCGCCGAGAACGCGCCGGCUGCUGCGGCCACUUCUGCUGAGUCUGCGGCCACCGGCGGUGAGGCUUCGGUCGGAAAGAAAGCUUCGCCGACAGGCAGCGGCGAGUUGCGUCUCUCGUACAACAAGGCGGACCUUUCGAGCCCGCGUUGUGUGUUCCUCGGCCGUUGUACCACGUAA